AAGAGUUUCAGCUCUUGGUGCUUCGAAGCGUGACAUUUAAUCAAGAUAUACAGAGCUGAAAGGUUUGAUUAAUAGUUACAGAUUAUUAUAAGAUGACAAUUUAGCAACAGGAAGAAUAAGUAACUCUAACCUCACAGCACGAUGACUGGAUUUUGCAUUGAUGUUUGGCUAAUUUUGUUUGCAGUAUCUGCAGCUGUGAGAAAAUUUCGUGAGUUUUUCAAAGUCAACUGAAUGAUGUCUCGCUGAAACGUUCAGCAAGAAUUACUGAAGUGAAACUGGAGACGAUGCUUAAACGGGGCUUAUACAGUCGAGUUGAGCUCACUGGAGAGACACUUGCUCAACAAUAUACUGAUUCUCUGAGUUCGGUGGAGUGGACUAAAACAAACAACUCAUCAACAUGUCUAUGUUUUAAAAAACAUAGCAAUAAUGACACACACUACAGGCAAUGCUGUGGAAAAGCUCAUUUCUAUAUAAGCAACAACAGCCUCAUUCUGGAGAACGUGACCAAACAAGAUGAAGGAUUCUACAUGGAAACUAUAGUUAUAAAAGAUAAACCUACAGAACACCAAAACUUCACAUUACUGAUUGAUUACCCACCAAAAGCAACAGAAAUCCAGGUCUCAUGGAGCUCCAGCACAUCUGUGUCUCUCGCAUGUAACGUGACUGGCUCAUUUCUGCAUCUGAUGUGGAAGAAAGAAGGAGUCUCAAUUGUAGAGGAUGAAAGACACUCAUUCAGUAACAGAAACCAAACUCUACACAUCAGCAACAUCAGCAGCUCAGAUAACAGCACAUACAGCUGCAUCGUGUCCAAUGAGUAUGGACAAUCUGAAAAACACAGAUGCAUCACCAAUGGAAACUCAACUGUUAACCAUGAAAAUGCUUCUAGUGAUAAAAAACAGAUGGUUCAGAUUGUGAUUACUAGUGGACUUACGUUUUUGGGUGUUUUGGGACUUGGCGUCAUCUUCUACUUCCUUUACAAACAUCACCACAGGCAAAGAGGACAAACUACUACAGAUGAAGGAGACGCAGACAAUGACACUGCAAUUUAUCAGGAAGUAGCAGACAACGAAAAAGUGAUUCCUCUUCCGUGCGUUUACACAGACUUCAUUAAGCCGAAAGAGAGCCGUCAGGACUUUGCUGCACAGCAACAACUCGACGAAUUCGGCUACUCUGAGGUUGGAGCCACAGCCACAGUCAUGGAGAAGACCGGCGUUUAGCAUUGUGUCUCUCGACAGCUCCCAGGAUAAGAGAAGAUGAAUAACUGAAAUGACAACUACAACACACGCUGGAGAGAAAAAGCGAAACACACUUUCAUAAUUAGUAUGAAUCUGGUGUAGUGCAACUUCUGAGAUACAGAUCAAAACACCAAGCGAGAUCUAGAGGGAAAUAGCCUACAUGUUACAUUCUGAUCAACCACUAGAUGACAGCAAAAACAUUGCAAGUUUACCACAUUAACCACGAUGGUUUCUGAACAUUACAAAAAACAAAACAAAAAACAGAACAGCUUUGUCUGGAUAGACAAAGCGUCAUGCCAUAAUUCAAAUGACUUUUAAAGACAUCAUUCUGAGAAAAUGUAUCUACUCUUUUGAUUAUCCAUGUUGUACACUAUUGUUGCACAGUAUUAUCGCUCGACAAACAUAUUAUAAAGUGACUUCUUUGAGAACUUUACUGCCUUAUAAAUCCAUAUUAGAAAGUGAUAUAUAUCAUUUUUUGUGGCUCCAAACCAAAAAUAAUUCCAACGGUUUUAAAGGUGAAAUCGAAUAAAAAUUUUGGUUAUAUAUACAGGCCUGUAGCCAGCCUUGUUAAAAAGGGUGGUUCUUUUUUCUCAAAAAGAGGGUCUAUUUCGCCUUAUGUUAUAUUUAAUUUUGAGAUUUAAAUACUCCAUUUUAGUGACAUUUUAAGCUCUGUUUUUAACUGGAUUAGCUUGUUGAAUGGUCAUCAUAACCACACGUUUCGAUGUACCAAAAACAUUUGCUAAAUAUAUAGAAGAAAUAUGAAAAUACUUAUUUAUAAAUACAAAUUUAAUAAUUAGAAAAAAAAAUUAAGUUAAAGUUUUUCAAUGAAAAAAAAAAAAAAAAACUGUAGCCUAUUGUCAUUUAUUGGGCAAAUAACAAACUGGCCAGCCCAUUCAAAUUUUCUCAGUCAGAAUUUGGUCUGAAUAAUAAUAAUGAAAAAAAAAAACAUAAUAAUAGUCAUAAUGAAGAGCUUUGACGAUUUUUCUAUCAUAAAAAAGUACACUUUGAAAGUUCAUGGAUAACAAAAAUAGCCUAAUUAGUAUUAAAAUUAACUUUAACAUUGGUGCUCCAAUCCUUUUUAUUGGUAUUUUCUUCAGAAUCAGAAUAAAAGUUGGGCUACUUGUAGUGAAUGACUCCACUUUCGUGUUUUCUUGCACAGCUGAAUGUUGGACUCAUGAAGUGAAGUUUAUUUAUAAACUAAUUUCGCGAGGAUCACAUGCUUAUAAUUUCUUACAGCUGGUCCCUCAUUAUCUAACUUAUGAUUCACCAAUCAGACGAUUCCUAAGCCACUAUAAAUACCCUAAGUUCCAUAUAACAGCCAUCUUCGUUUUGAAAAAUCCCCCCUUCCACCCCUACUCCUCCUCCAUUACUAGAUGGGUGACACAUUGGCCCAGUGGUUAGCACUGUUGCCUCACAGCAAGAACGUCACUGGUUCUGCUCCUUACCAAUCCAGCCGACGUUUCUGUGCAGUUUACACUUACUCCCUGUGCUCACGUGGGUUUCCCCCGGGUUCCCCGGUUUCCACCCACCGCCCAAAAACAUGCAACUUAAGUCAAUUGACUAAUUCAAGUCGGCACCAUAUAGACAAGUAGUUAUCUCUUAAGAGCAAUCACUAUCUGUUCAUUAGCUACUACAGCAGGGGAGUUCUCGAGAUCUACCUGAGCUCAAACUCCCCUCUCGUCUUGCAAACGGGAGGGAGCCUCGGGCUCGAGGAUCUUAUGAGCUCAGAGCUCUCUCCCGGGACAGCAUGCCAAAAGAGCUUUAUAAUCAAUCAUCAGCUAAGUGUGAACUCCUUAAAAAUAAUAGUUUGAAUUUAUUGGAAGACCCAUCCCCCACUGGUAAAAGGUGGAUGGCUUUAAGACAAAUUAAAUUUUAUAAAUAAUUAUUAUUAAAAUGGACAUAUUCUGACUGAGGAAAUGAGCUGGCUAGUUUGUUAUUUGCCUAUAGCCUACAGUUUUUAAUUUUAAACAAAUUUUAACAGAUUCCUAAUGGGUUUUUUUUAAAUGAUGGAUCAUAAUAAAUUAGCAUAAAAAAGUAGUAUUUUUUCAUAUUUCUUUGUUCAAAACUUUAAAUCUAAAAUUGUAAUCGCAUUACAUUAUUUAUAAAACUGUAAAGUAAUGCACAUUUGUAAAUAAACACAAUUCUUUGCACACAUAAAUGGUAUGGUAAGCACUUUUACAAAAAUGUAGGAAAUAUUUUUGUUGUAUCAAAACGUGUGGUAAUGAUAACCAUCCAACAAGCUAAAUUUAGUGCUUAAAAUGUCACUAAAAUGCAGUAUUUGAACCUCAUAAUUUAAUAGAAAAUGAGGUGAAUGACUGCGAAUAGGUCCACUUUUUGAGAAAGAAGAACCACCCACUUUAAUAGGCUGACUACUGGCAUGUACAAUAAUGUCAAGACAACAGUAUUGAAGUGAUGCACUGGGCACUAGGGCUGUGCAAUUUGGGGAAAAUAUCUAAUUGCGACAGAUAUUGCGAUUUGAUUUACAAUUAAACUCAAACUUCAAGCUGAUUUUAAUUUAAUUCAAGCUUCAGCUCAUUAAUCUGUAAGCCGUGGCAGCAAUUCUGCGACAGCUUAUAAAAACGACUUGUUUUUGUUCGGUGUCUGUGACUUUGAAACCAAAAUAUUGCCAUAUUACAAAUACUGUUUUUCUUUUACAUUAAUUCGUCUGUUAAUGCUUCUGAAGAAGCAGACACCAUCAUCCCACUUGUCAGCUCUUUCCUGUUUGUUUUCUUUUUUUUAUUGUGGGUGUAGUUCAGUUGCGCAAUUCUGAUUGGCCUAAACGAAAGUGUGCUCACUCAGUUGGCUAGUUAUAAAGCCUCGGUCAGAUCACACGAUUUCAGCAUGAUUUCCUUGACGUAGGGUGUCGUGGGGAGUCGUAAAUGACUAACGUAUGUAGGUAACCUUUACAGUCUAUGGUCGUGACACAAGAUUCAAUCGUUUAUACCGUGUAAUGUGGCAUAGUUCACGACAACCGUUACCAUGUCUGCGAUGCCUCACGACACCAUCGCAGAAAGUCUAGCAUGUUUAAUUUUCGAAAGCAUAGCGGACUGGUUUUGAAGCACUUCACCUCAGAUGUUAUUUGUUCUUUUUGUUUACAUAUCUAUAUUUUAUAUUGCAGCCUCUUGCGAUUAACUAAUCACAAUGUUAAAUUGCGAUUGUGAUUCGAUUUCGAUUAAUCACACAACCCUACUCGGCACUGUAAAAAAAAUGCCGGGUUCUGCUGCACAAUUCAUUCAUUUUGCCUUCACACAAAUAAAUUAAGUUAACUUAAAUUUAAGUGGCUUGAACAUGAUGAUGGUCCCUUUAACACAUUUUAUUAAAUUGAAAUUGCGUUGCAUCUACAUGACAGCUAAUUCACAUUAGAAUACAAGUAGAUUGUUAGGGGUUAAGGUUAGUGUAAGUUGACAUGUACCUGCAAAGUUUCUUACAGUCAGUUAUGUCUGUUGUAGGAGCAUAUCAGCAGAUAUUAAGCAGACAGUCUACUAAUACUCAAAUGAAAAUUAAUUGGCAUGUAGUUGCAAUGCAACUUCUAGUCAACAAAAUGUGCAAUAGGACCAUCAAAAUAAAGUCUUACCUCAAGUUUUCCUAAAAAAAUUCUCAAGAAUUGUGUUGUUUCAGCUGAAUUGAAAUACACAGUUUGAACGCAGUUUUUUUUUGAGAGGUCAGAAGUUUCCACAAUAUCUAUUAGUCUCUGUCAAACACUGUUAUUAGAUUAAUAAAUUGUGCCUUCAGAAUGACUGGGAAAGCGAAAGCUGUUUGACUUGCCUGACAAACUCUGUUAAGCUUCUGUUUAUCAGUUAAACUGUGUGUCAUGGAGUCAGUGGCAGAUUAAUUGAUGUUAAAAGGCAAAUCUAAAUGUCAUUAAAGGUCUACAUAAGUGACGUGUUAACAUGCCUACUCUUAGAUUUUACAAUAAAUGAGAUAAAAAUAGUGGUCUAGAUUCUAUCUGAAAAAGGUCAAAAACAUCUCUGAUUUGAUUGCAUUGCAAUAAAGAUAAUGUGUUUUUUUUUUCCCAAUGUCAUCUGAAAUCAUUCAAUCAGACACAACACCCACAGACUAGUUAAACAUCUGAUGCGUAUUAUGGAAAAUAAAACUGAAAACACUUCAGAAGCUUGUACGAAGAUGGACUAACUAUCUAACUUCAGUUUACUUGUGUUUAUAAUAUCAGAUCAUUAUCCUUCAGGUGCAAAGGUUUGUCUGUGUGGUGUUCUGGUUUUGAUAUUAACCAGCACAAACUAAUUCUAACAGAAAAAUCUAAUCCAGCAGUGUCAGUUUUUCCAUGUUCAUAAGCAUGUUUGACUAUAAUCUACAUUGAUAAUGGAGGGCUGCAAUGUCAAGCAAGAAUAAACGAUUAUAAGCACA